CUUUCUUUUAAAAUGGAUUAUUGCGGUAAGCUCAUUAUUUGAUGUGGAUUUUUUUUUUUUUUUUUUUUGAAAACGUUGGGCAGGUAAGUUUCGAUGUUUUCUGUUUUCGAAACGCAAAGGGGGGAAAAGUCGUGGACCACCAUUGCAUUCCUUGUCCCGACCGUUUACAAGCUUGCUGUGAAAUUCUGGCUGAGCGAUUUGUAUUUGCCACCGCUCAGAAGUCUGCCGCACGCAUUUAAAAUUUAUUUACACUUCUCUCUUAUCGGAGCACCCAUUUGUACGGGGGGAUUAAAAGCAUUUGCGCUGUGCCCCGCGUCGCUGGCCACGCCCACCGCCAGUCAGUCAAAUUUAAGAUGGGCGGGGCUUCGUCUUGGGGCAGCCAACCAGCGCGCGCUCAUCGAUGAAGCAAAUUGAAAGUUAAGCGAUUAAAAGUCGUGGCAGAGAUACGCCUGCGGAGAAAGAAGUGAGAUUAAGGCUAACCUUCGCUUACCUCUGCCGGCAGUUUCUCGGCGAGCCGGAGCGAGGGAUGGUUGAGAUAAGCGUACAAAGGCCGCAUAGCACAGUCCAACGCCUGCUUUCAGUCGGAGGACGCUGUCGGUGGUAGUGGCGGACACUUGCGAGGCGUGAAAAGAGGAAAGAAGCGGUGACAGUGUCAGUUUCACUGGACAGUUUCUUCGUCUGUGACAAGCUUCCUCCACACUCUGCCAAACUCAAGGAGGGUCUUGCAAGGUUCGAUCUGCAGCCAAGAUAUGUCUUCCAGUUGUUCAUAGACUUUCAAGGGUUUUUUUUGUGUGUGUGGUAUUUUUUUUUAAAAAUUUUUGGGAGGACUGGCAUCUCAACCAUCGUCAGUUCAUGACAGGAAAUCGAAUUGUUCGUGUCGCAAAUGUGUUGUUGACUUACCCAACAAUAUCGGGCUUGUUAUUGGGCGCCUUGGCUUUCUCCAAGGAGAGGAAGAGAACCCACACACGCGCACACGCACGCGGGCGUCUGGCGAGUAAGCGUGGCUCCUCCCAGAAAUCUUUAUGCUUCGCGCCCUUGGCUGCCUCUUGAAGUGAUCCUCCUCGUCUGACUAAAACUUUGUGGCUAGAAAAUAGCUUGAGUGGAGACCGGACACCUGGGAGUGUGUUUGGGACUACCGAGCCGUGCAGAGGACGUGGUGUGGCCCCCCACAUGGCGACUUCGCUGGAAAUGAAUCCCGUCAAAGGAACCAGCUUCUCCAUGAAGACGCUGCUGGACCUACCAGAAGGAAAGGGAACCGUGGUGCCGUGUGGAUCUCCUGCUCGGGGUGACGGCUCCCUCGACCUCUCGGCUCCCCGAGGGGUGGGCAGCGACCUGUCGGCGGCCGUCAGUCAUUUCUACGACGCCAACGACAACCCGUAUACCCGCUGGCUCCAGAACAACGACCACAUGCAGUACGGACAUAUCGGUCACCUCAGUGGCACGAACUCCGUGGGGAGCCCCGGUGAGCAGAGCGAAGCCUCGCAACACGACAGCGAAAGCGAGGCUGACACACCUGUCAAAAGCAACGAGUCGAUCAAACAGGAACCCAGCGAGAGCGAGACUGAGCGAGGCAAGAACGGUUCGGAUUCCCAGAACGGCCAGUCCUCAAACGGCGAGUCCAACAAGAAGCGGAAGCGGCGGGUGCUCUUCUCGAAGGCGCAGACCUACGAGCUGGAGCGGCGCUUCCGGCAACAGCGCUACCUGUCGGCGCCGGAGCGCGAGCACCUGGCCUCGAUCAUCCGCCUGACGCCGGUGCAGGUGAAGAUUUGGUUCCAGAACCAUCGUUACAAGCUGAAGAGGGCGCGACAGGAGAAAGGGUUGGCGGACAUCAACCCGUUGCCGUCGCCGCGCCGCGUGGCGGUGCCGGUGCUGGUGAAGGACGGCAUCCCUUGUCAACGGACGCCCGUCAAUUCUUCAUCGUUGAUGAAAUCCCAGGAGCACCUGCAGAUGCCGCAGUCCAUGGGCGGUAUGGGCAUGGGCAUGAACUCCGGCCUGAACGGCGUCAACUCCCUGUCGCCGAUGUCCUCCCUCGGCUCCUACCAGGCCAUGGGCAACGGCAUCGGCUCCUCGCUCUCCAACACCAUGAACAUGAACAUGAACAUGAGCUGCUCCUACAGCAACCCCAUGGGCUCGAUGAACUCCAUGAACCACCUCAACGUGCCUAACGUCAACAACAUGAACGUGCUACCCGGAUACAGCCACCCGCUCAUGCAGUCACAGACCCGCUGGUGGUGACGGUGGCACUGGCGGCCGUAACAUGACGUGACUUUACGUGCAGCUGAGAACAUUUCACGCGACGUCAGAGGCUCUGACGUCACACUGUCGACGUCAGAGGCGCCACCUCGUUACAGCAGAGCCGUCCCUUCUCACCCGUGGUCUCCUGUCUCAUCAAGCACAGAGCGCAGAGAUCGAACCCAGACACUUGCGCUCGCAAUCUUCCUUCCAGGUUUGUGAUGCAACCGCUUUUUUUCCCUCCCUUGCUGAUCUGAUGCAGCCACGACAGUCGCUGCUUUAUCUCAGGAGAGAAAAUGAAAAUAACAGACAACUCCAACUCCUCAUGAAACCGCACGCACUCGGUGCACGCAGCUCUUUUCGCAAAGCAUGCUGGUAGCUGACGUAACUGUGAUCAGUUUCGACCAGAGACAGAACAGCACAUCAUGCUGGCGAUGUAUGACGUCACUGAUGCUCGUCACGUGGCCUCGGUACUCGACGGUGAAGGAUGGUCAAAGAGGGUGGGGUUGGGAGGUCAAGGUUCGAUUCGGCGAUGCAAGUAUUAAGAAUCGAUUCUUUCUUCGACUGUUGCAAUCGUACCCUAAGUUAUAGACACCCGAGUUUUCUCACAGCGAACGAACUUCGUCACAGGACAUCGGUAACAGUGACCUGCUACCUGUGGGUGGAUGGAUUUUCUUGUAAUGCUACCCGUAACAGAAAGGGGCAGACGAUCAGAUGCAUGGUGGAUGAAGAGACAAACCUACCGUUCGUUGUGAUCGUUAGACAAACAAUAUUGUGCAACAGUUUUUGUUGAAAUUCUAAGUCGGCGCACAAAAGUUGCCUCCUUCGGCGAUGCUUCUUGCUGUGUUUGCAUCUUCAUCGUCCCAGGUACCAUUCAAUGGUACAGCCGUUGCUGGAGGACACAACACUGCUCUUUCAAAAAGAACGAACUUGUAUAUUUUCUCUGGUGAUUUUACACAUUCAGUCUCUCAUUUAUUCAUACAUAUGUUAACAACUAGCAAAUAAGUUUCUUGUCAACUUCAUUACAAUUUAAUCAUCACAAUUUACACAGUCUACAAUGAUCGUUACCUUUCUAAAAUGUUUAGCAUCCCCUUUAACCUUCCCCCAGUCUAGUUCCAAGAUGUCUGUAGUAUCUUGUCGCCUCCAUGUGAGUAGCUGUUGACAGAAUGGAGUUGACAAGCGUCCACGUAGGCAAACUCUGUAGUCAUCAGGCUAGGAUUUCUGUUGGAUGGCUUAACAUGAUUUAGUCCUUUUUAAUUGUCUUUCUCCCAAGCUAAAACAAAUUUUAAAAAACCUAAAAUGAAUCAACUUAAAAUAAUCAUUUAGAAGAAUCGGUUUCACCUUUGAAGGUGUUUCUUUCGUCUUUUAUUAAUAAUACGUUUUUCCUCUUAUUUAUUUAUUUAUUUAUAACCCAAACGAACUUAUCCUAUUCACUUAAUUUUAUCUCGAUAAUUUAGGUUCAGGUGGGUAUUACACUAUCACUGUUUGCAGUUUGUUUUACUUUAAAAAAUUCAAAGAUCAGCUAAACUGAAAAUUGUACCACUUUACAAAAUGUUUACAAACUUUUUUUCCUCGGACUGAAAGCCCAUUCUUCAAAAAAAAAAAUUGAUGAAUUGACAAAAUCAUGUAUGUAUAUAUAAAUAUUAUUUAACUAAAAUAUUUGUAAAUUAAAAUACCACGAAGUAAAAUUCUUUGGCGAAGUAUCUCUUGUUUUGGAAGAAAAUAAUCUGUUAAUCUGACCGUCACACUGUCACGAACAGACGAUAGAAACGAUCUCCGCCUAACAAAGAAUUAAAAUUCAAAUAGAAAACGAAAGAACAAGCAAACGAACAGCUUGAUUGGUGAGGCCAUCGACUCGCACCACGAGAGGCUUUCCGCAGUACAUAUCGACAUACAUAUCAAUAAAUACUCGUGAUUUCGUGUAAAUUAUGAGCACACACAAAGAGGAUGGAAGGAGCGUGGUAGUGAGGCUCCUGCCACAUUCUCUGAGAUACGAAGAUCAGAGGAGCGGGUGGAGGAUUUACGGCUCAGCUUAACAGUCUCAAAUAUUUGGAGAACACGCAAUACAGGCGGCGCGAGGCCGGGUGGAUCAUGGACACCCGUACACACCCCUUCAGUAAAUCAGAGAGGACAGACAAAACACGAGAUGCUGUUCGUGCCUUUAUAUUUUCUUUUUCUUUUCCUUUUCUAUUUAUAAUCAUGUCAAAGCCGCAGUAGUGAGGGCGGUAGUUUGAGACAAUUUUCAACAGCUUUUGCUUUCUCUGGCCUUUGUAAUCAUAAAUCAAAGAAAAAUAAAUUUUUCUCGGCUAACACAAACUUGAAAUUUUCUUUUACUCCAUUUAAUCAAGCCAGGUCUGUCUCCUUUUGGCACCUCUGGUUGUCUAACAAUAAUAAUAGCCGCAUUCAUUUUUCUCUCAGAUGUAAGAGAGGGGGUGGGACAUCUACUUUUAUUUCCAAUGUGGAAGACAUGUCGGACAUUAUACCAUCCACUUGAAUACCUGUCUGACAUAAACUCUCCACUGAAAUAAUGUCUAACAUUACAAACUCUCCAUUGUCUCAUUUUCAUCUACAAAGUGUUUUGUCCCAAGAUGCAGCAGUCUCUAGAUGUAUAUGUGGACAGGUGUAGAGGAUACCUGGAGUGUCUGUGAGGCUCUGAUGCGAGCGUUUGUCGAGAGCGGUUCCUCUCUUACCCCCGCACAAUUUUUUUUUUUUUUUUUUUUUUUUAUAAUUGAAGCUUUCAUAUCACGGUCUUUAUAGCCAUGGAUUUGGUUUCCUUGUUCAUAUUUUGACCGUUCGUAUGAUGUUGCAGGUGAAUGCACCAUUUUGUUUGUGCUCACGCGCUGUAAGAUAGUUAAGUUAAACGAGAAACAGGAUGUCCAUUAAGGUUUCACCUGAAGUCUGCUGCAAUCAUGUCGGCCUGACCUGAUGGACACUGUCAGACCAAUGUUGGCGUUUUCACCUAGAAGCGUUGUUAUUUCUUAAAUAAAUUGAAAAUUUUGUGAAAUGAAAGCCACAGCUCAAACCUGAUGUUUUAAUAAAAUGAUUUGACCAUGCCUUAAAUCA